AUGGCCUCCAGAGACUUGGCAAUGGGGAUGAUCUUCUUGUCACAGACCACAGUUGGGCUUGUAGGUAAUUUAUUUCUUCUUUACCACUACAGCUUCGUUUAUUUCACCAGGUGCACACUGAGGCCCACAGAUUUGAUUCUCAAGCACCUGACUGUGGCCAACUCCCUGGUCGUACUCUCCAAAGGAAUCCCACAGAUGAUGGCUGCUUUCGGUUUGAGAUAUUUUCUCAGUGAUGCUGGAUGCAAACUUGUCUUCUGUGUUCACAGAGUGGGCCGGGGUGUGUGCAUGGGCAGCACCUGCCUCCUGAGUAUCUUCCAGGCCGUCACCAUCAGCCCCACGAACUCUGCAUGGGCACAGCUGAAACUGCACACUCCUAAGUACAUUUUUCCCUUCAACAUCCUGUGUUGGGUCCUGAACAUGCUGGUAAAUGUCAUUCUCCCUGUGAAUGUAACUGGUCAGUGGAACAGCAAGAACACCACCAAGAAUAAGGAUUUGGGGUACUGUUCUGUGAGAGUAAACACAGUUGUACUAUUAACACACACCACACUGUCAGCAUGCUAUGAUGUUUUAUGUUUGGGGCUCAUGACCUGGUCCAGUGGCUUCCUGGUUUUCAUCCUGUACAGGCACAGGCAGCAGGUGCAAUACAUUCAUAGGACCAGCCUCUGCCCUAACCCUGAGUCCAGAGUCACCCAAAGCAUCCUUGUCUUAGUGAGCACUUUUGUAUCAUUUUACGCCCUUUCCUCCAGCUGUUUAUUAUUGUUGGCUCUUUUCCCUCAUCCUAGCUGGUGGCUGGUGAACACGUCUACGCUAAUCACUGCUUGUUUUCCUACAGUCAGCCCCUUUGUUCUCAUGCACCGUGACCCCAGGAUAACCAGGCUGGGCUCUGCAUGCUGUGGAAGGAGCACACAGUUCCCUAAGCUGGUCAGAAGCUCUAACCGUCAUGCGCUAACUCGCUGUUUUCUUUAA